AAGCUAGCAAAACCUACACCAACAGGCUUGCUUGCUGGGUACGUACUAGCUAGCUAGCUCUGGUAUUCAACACAAUAACUUACUGGCUCAAUGGCCGCCACCCGAGCGUGCUUGGUUGUGCUAGUCGUGGCUCUCACGUUUCUCUGCUUGGACGGCCGGGCGGCGGCGGCGCCGGCGACUGCUGGGAGUUUGGCUCAGCGGCGGCAGGAGGUGCAAAGCCUCCUCAGGCGGCUCAAUAAGCCUGCUCUCGCAACCAUUCAGAGCCCAGAUGGAGAUGUCAUCGACUGUGUGCAUAUCUCCAAACAGCCUGCAUUUGACCAUCCUCUCCUCAAGAACCAUACUAUCCAGAUGCGGCCUUCUUACCACCCAGGAGGCAUAUAUCAUAACUCCAACAUCGCCCCCCAUCCAAUCACCCAAACAUGGCAUCAAAAUGGCAAGUGCCCUAAGAACACCAUACCAAUCCGAAGGACCAAUGAGGACGACGUCUUAAGGGCCAGUUCCGUCGACAGGUAUGGCAAAAAGAGACCAGGGAGCAUCCCAAACAUAAGUUCAAUCAAUGACCCUGACACAUCCAAUAUAACGAGUGGGCACCAGUAUGCCAUAGCAUCUUCAAAUGUUGAUAAGUGCCAUGGAACGAAAGCCACCUUCAAUUUGUGGCAACCAACGAUUGGGAGGGACAAUGACUUCAGCUUGACCCAGCUUUGGAUAGUUGGGGGUUCCUACGAAGGCAAUGAUCUCAAUACUAUUGAAGCAGGAUGGCAGGUUUACCCAAAUUUUUAUAAGGAUAACAAUCCUAGACUCUUCAUCUACUGGACUCGUGAUGCAUAUGAAAACACAGGAUGUUACAACCUAAAGUGCUCAGGGUUCGUCCAGACGAAUAAUCAGAUUGCAAUUGGUGGCACCUUAUCCCCAGUAUCCACCUAUGGUGGUGCACAAUAUGACUUUGAUAUUUUAGUUUGGAAGGACCCAAAGGAGGGCAACUGGUGGCUGCAAAUGGGGAGUGAUUAUGUAGGAUAUUGGCCAUCAUCCAUUUUCACGUACUUGGCAGAUAGUGCCUCUACUAUACAAUGGGGAGGUGAGAUAGCGUCAUCUGAUCUCGGCCAAACUUCCACAGAUAUGGGUAGUGGACACUUCCCAGAGGAAGGGUUCGGCAAGGCCAGUCAUGUCAAGAAUAUACAAGUGGUAGAUUCAUCCAACAUUCUCAAACCGCCAAGUGAUGUGACCACUAUAGCUGGGCAGCGCAGCUGCUAUAACGUGCACAAUGGUAUCUCUGACAACUUGGGCACUUACAUAUUCUAUGGGGGCCCUGGGAAGAACUCUAACUGCCCAUGAUCAAUACGCCUUUAGUAUUAUAAUUAUUUAUGGAUUACUAGUGGCCCAAUACGUAUUGUUAGGGUCUAUACUAAUGCAAUAGUAUGUGUGGCCACGUGUGGCGUUCGAAUGCUCUACUAGUGUGUGUAUGUCUACACUCGUAAGAGGUGGGAACAAGCAAUUUAAGCUUGCAUAAUAUGUAUUCAUUUCCCACCACAUGUUUGAGAAUAUGGAAUAAGAAGCUUUGGUCAUCUGCUA